AUGAUUAAAGAGUGGAAACGCGAUAUUGAUACUAGAAGACAUGAAGCUAGAUUUUCUUUAAUUUCAGGUGAAGACACCUUAAAGGUACGAGAUGAUGGGAUGCAGAUUGAAGUCGUAACUGCUGAAAUACCAACAAGUCCAUAUAAAGCACAAACUACUAUGGUACCACCUGUGACUGCAACUAUAGCAGCGUCAUUUCCAACGAAACCUGACACCAUCAAACAAUUCACACUAAAUAGUCAGCAAAAAUAUGCUUUCAUGAUUGUUACUAGUCAUCUAGAUGGCGAGAAUCAACUUCAUACAGGGAUGCCCGUUUUAUUAACAGAAAAUAUUGCGACUGAACUUGAAUUCUCCAAUGGUACGCGUGGUAUAUUUCGUCAGCUUGUAUAUGAUGAAUUGAGUGACGACAUUCAAUUCGACAAAACAGUUUUCCCAAAGUAUACUAAGUUUAUAACACAACCAAAAUAUGCUUUGGUAGAGUUCUCGAGCUGCAAGCUUGACUCUGAACUCAAAUUUGAUAUCAAGGAGCAUCUUCCCGAGACUCUUUCAAAGAUUGCCAAAGUGGCAACACGAACAACAAAAAUUUCGAUCAAGCGUAAAGCUCUUCCGUUAAUAUCUGCCUAUAGCAUAACAACACACGAAAGUCAAGGUCAAACGCUUAACAAAAUUAUUGUUGAUCUCGUCAUGCCUCCUGGUCCAGUUGAAGUCGCAUUAGUUUACGUUCCAUUAUCUCGUGUUAAACACCUUGAUGACCUCUUGAUCGUGCGUUCUUGUGAAUUCUCAUCUCUACAAGUGAAGCCGUCAGCAGCACAAGCAGAGGAACUCAAUAGAUUAUACAUGAUUGCAAAAAACACUCGAAAACGUUUUCCUUCAAUUCUUUAG